AUGGAUGAGAUUGAUGAACUGGGUCGCGUGCUCGAAGAGUGCGUUGCUGCUUUCAAGCAGAAAGAUUCGAUCAUGGAAGUGGGCGUGCUGCACGAGACCAAGAAGUUCCUUGCCUCUGGCGGCACACCUCAGACGGUGGUUCACCUCUUGGCAGAAAACUACCGAGGCUAUGCAGAAAUGGUGAAUCUUAUGUCAUCGUGGCUGGUGGCAUCGGGCCUCAGCGCUGAUGAAGUGAGCGAAAUCGUCAAAGAGAAGCUUAAGGACAUCCUCAUGGAGAAGUUUUCGCCCUCGCAAGCCGAUUCAAUCUUUGCCGAGAUGCAGUCGGCACCACACUGGCUCGACGUAAUGAUCGAGCACCCUGAAUGGCGUGCUCUCAUCUACCGCUUGUCAGAAGUGCAUCCGAGCUGUCUGAUGUUGAACUUUGCCAUCCAGCGGAUAUCCGACGCCGGCCAUCAGACCGAAAUCGCGUCGCUCGCCACGGCCUCCACCAACUUCGGGGUCUUCAACCGCGUGCUCAGCCACUCCCUCCUCCAGCUCGCCGAAAAGGACGAGUCCUCUCUUCCCUCCCUCCUCCCCGACUUCAAGAAGAUGUGCGGACACAGCCAGCACACCUACCUCUACACUCAGGCUGUGUUGGCGCACCUGGUGCGCGACAGAGCGGGCUACCACGUCAAGAGGCUCGCGCAGGAGCUGACCAACAGCACCAUCGAGCACGGCCAGGUGGGGCGCAAACUCAGCUACCUGCUCUCCGACUCGCACCGAUUCCCCAACAUCGCCGAAGCCCUCCUCGCCAUGCUCUCCUCCAACGCCACAAACCCUGCUGACGUCAUCAAGCUGCACAAAGAGUACAUUAAGCCCGACCCGCCAUCGGUGGAGUUCCUGCGGGAUCCCAACAUCCUGGAGCUGUUCAUCCGGGACAUGUUCAGCCCUGCGCGCUCCAUCAGCCCCAACUACAUCCUCAAAUACUUCUUUGUCCUCGCCUACGCCGCCUCCGUGCGAGACGACCGAAUCUUCGGGGGCAAGCUGGACAAGGAGAUGCUGACGCCCACGAUGAGCGCCCUGAAGGCCGUCCAGCCCAUCUGCCAGGGCAACACCCUGGGCUCGGAGCUGCAGGCCGCCGCCCACGACCUUCGCACCAACCUCUCCUACCCGGUGGUCGCCAUGGGCAUCAUUCACUGGAUUCGAACAAACCUCACCGACCCGGCGUAUUAUGUGACAUCAAUCAAGACCGUGCGAACGCCCUUCUAUCUGGAGCUGCUACGGGAGAUCGCCUACAAGCACCCGUUCCAGGAAUGCUUCACGAUCGACUACGAUCUGGACGCCCUCGCUGCCGUGGAGCUGCGGAAGGAGCUGCUCGAGAACAUGCUCUACCUGAUGCGAUGCGGGCACAUUAUGCCGGUGCUCGAGUACGUCCUUGGCUGGCCCAAGACCGUAGACCAGGGCCUCCUCCGACACUUUGUCGCGCAGGUGUUGAGCAUGAUCGAGCCGCCCUACUCGGCCGGAUUCCUCCGGAUGCUGCUGCGCAUUGUACAUGUCAACACCGAGGCCUUCCGGACGGCCUCGGCCGAUAGCGCCACCCUCCACGAAACCCUCAACCUCUUCAUCGAGGAGUGCGAGGAGAAGGCGAUGGACUACGGAUUCACGAGUGCGGGCGACAGGGAGCUGCUGCGCCAGCUCCAGCCCGAGUUCCGCGGCACCAGCCAGGGCGCGCCACCAACCCCGACGGCUGCCUCCUCCUCCUCCUCUUCCUCUUCUUCUUCUUCUUCUUCUUCCCUCUCAUCCUCCCAAUCCUCCGCCUCUACUUUCUCCUCCGCCCAGCAGCAGUCCCAGGGGGCCGGGGUGCCCACCAAGCUCAAGAUCAAGCUCAGCGGCGACCACCACCUCACCCACUCGCACGACGGCGCCAGGAAGUAA